CAGUCGUUAGUUGCUGCUCUGUAUCUGUACUCCGUAUCUGCAUCUAUAUCCGCAUCGGUGGAGAGGCCAUUCUAUUGUCCGCGGUGGACUCUGCCUUUUCCUCAUUUGGGGUGAUGGAGGAUCCCAUGCGUGUGUUAGUCAGCGGACCUCGGCUCAGGAAUGCGCCGCCAAGACAAGACAAGAGAGAAAAGUGAAAAGUUGAGGCUAUCGAGAACUCAAGAUCUCUACCCAGCAUAGCAUCAGAGUGGUUGAACAGGCUCGAUCAAAAGUCGCAAGUUACACAAGCUCACACGGUACAAUGGCGGAAAAGCACCAAACCAAUGCCGCCGGCCCCAGGACCGUCUACUUGACGCUUUAUAACGCCCUCUUUGCCUCCCUCUGGGCCUCCAUCCUUUACACCGUUGUCACCACCGCCGCCUCGGGCGGCAAGCUCGCCGUUUACAACGCCGCCGAGGCCCGCGCGCGAUGGGUGCAGACUCUCACUCUCAUUGAGGUUGUGCACUCCGCCGUCGGACUCGUCCGGUCCCCCGUCAGCACCACCGCCAUCCAGGUUGUCGCCCGCACCAUCAUCGUCUGGAUGGUCUGCCACAGCUUCCCCGAGUCCACCUCCCCGUCCGCCGCCUACGUCGCGCUGCUGCUGUCCUGGGCCGUCGCCGACACCGUCCGCUACGCCUAUCUGGCUCUGAACCUCCAUGGCAGGGCUCCGGACGCCCUCGUCUGGCUGCGCUACACCAUGUUCUACCCCCUCUACCCCAUCGGCAUCUCCUCCGAGUUCUGGCUGUUGUAUCUCGCCAUCGAGCCUGCCAGCCGCGUGAGCGCCGUGCUGCCCCCCAUCUUCUACUUUUGCCUGUGCCUUUACGUACCGGGAUCGUACACCAUGUACACCUACAUGAUCAAGCAGCGCAAGAAGACGCUGUCGAGGUCGAGCAAGUCGCAGUAGAUAGAUAUAUUUGGUUAGCUCCGGCUGCUGCCCAAUUGUCGAGGGCCUAGCUAGGUCGACUCACAUUUAACCAAAUGGGGUUUCGGCUGCAACACCCGAGGGGCAUCCAUGGACCGGUCGUCUUUAUCGAGUCGGUCAAGCUAAGAUCGUUUCGGUCACUCUUGCAAGUGUCUUUGUCCCACGACUUACUUCAGGAGCUGCAGGACGCAUUGCUUGCAUGGACCGAUAUUCUAGGGCACUUGGUCUUCUGGGCUGGGAAAGCUUUGAUGAAUAUGAUCUGUUAUCCUGAUUACAUACAUCACAACUCACCCGGAUGCCUUUGCAUGCGCUGUCUAUAUUUUAUCCUCAAGGAAAACAAGUGUAUAGGAAUCCCGCAAUUCAUGUAUUAAUACUACACGCAAACAUGGCUCUUUGUACAUGAC